UGCAGGGAGAGGGGAGAGAGAGUGAGGAAGAGGGAGGGCUGCGUGGCGUGAGGCAGUGCGUGUGCUCGGUGUUUAGGUGAAUCCACAGCCCUCUGGCUCACAAGGAUAAAGGAGCUUGUCUAAGAAAGACACAGAGAAAAGCAACACCAGGACUUCCUUUUUGACCCUCUUUUUUGUUGCAUCCUCUGUCCCUCUUGCUGCAUUUUCUCAAGACUGGUUUGUCUCCUUUUUGUGGGUCUCUUUUGUUCCCGGCAUCCAUCUGUGUUUCACCUCCUCCUCGGUCCAGGGAGAAAGGAAGGAAGAGCAUCAUCCUCCCCUCCUGCACGCCCAGCCGGUGGUGGCUGCUGAUGCUGUAACCACUGUGUGGAGCUGACAAGCCCUGGUUGAUGCAGUGAAGUGUUUUAGAGGGAUAAACACAAGCUAAGGUCGCCAGCCAUGGGGAACCUCAUUAAGGUCCUUGGCAAGGAUUUAGAGAACUGUCCACAUUUUUUCCUGGACUUUGAAAAUGCCCAGCCCACGGAGGCGGAGACGGCGGUGUGGAACCAGGUCAGCGCCGUGCUGGAGGAGGCUCAUGGGAUCCUGGCCGAGCUGCAGUCCUACAACGGGGCGGGCCAGGAGAUACGAGAAGCCAUCCAGAACCCGGGCGACCUCGCUCUGCAGGAGAAGGCCUGGAACGCAGUCUGCCCCCUGGUGGCCAAACUGAAGCGCUUCUACGAGUUCUCCCUCAGACUGGAGAACGCCCUGCGCAGCCUGCUGGAGGCGCUCACCAGCCCUCCGUACGCCCCCAUGCAGCACCUGGAGAGAGAGCAGGCGCUGGCCAAACAGUUCGCUGAGAUCCUGCAUUUCACACUCAGCUUUGAUGAGCUAAAGAUGACAAAUCCAGCCAUUCAGAACGACUUCAGCUACUACAGGAGGACUAUAAGCAGGAACCGGCUGAACAACCAGCAGCUGGAGGCGGAGAACGAGGUCAACAAUGAGAUGGCCAAUCGGAUGUCUCUGUUCUACGCUGAGGCAACACCAAUGCUGAAGACUCUGAGUAACGCCACCACCAAGUUUGUUUCAGAGAAUAAGACCUUGCCCAUAGAGGACACCACAGACUGUCUGAGCACGAUGGCCUGUGUGUGCCGCGUCAUGCUGGAGACUCCGGAGUACCGCUGUCGGUUCACCAACACAGACACCAUGCUGUUCUGCAUGAGGGUGAUGGUGGGAGUCAUCAUCCUCUACGACCACGUUCACCCCGUCGGGGCUUUCGCCAAGACCUCCAAAAUCGAUAUGAAGGGCUGCAUCAAGGUGCUGAAAGAGCAACCGUCCAACAGUGUGGAGGGACUUCUGAACGCGCUGAGGUAUACGACACGACAUCUAAACGAUGACAGCACCUCCAAACAAAUCAGGGCCCUCCUGCAAUGAGAAGGUUCAGAGAGGAGAGAAGGAGCGCACUUGAAGGAGGAGAGAAAAGAAGGAGGAGGAAACGAACGCCAGUGUCUGAUAAAACCUGUUGGUUUACAACGAUCAAAGAAGAAGAGGAAAAUAAUUAUAUAUAUUGUCAGCUGUCCAUCAUUCUGUCUCUCAUUUUGUAAAGUAAGAAAAGAGAAAACAAGCCAGAAAAGAAAAUAUAGAUAUAUAUUAAAAAGAAGUGCAACACAAGCAGAAGAUGAAAGAUAAGUAGGACUGGAGAGGGAGUUAUAUUGCAAAAUCUAACGUCAGAAACGACGCAAAUGUACAAAAAGAAACAAAAAAAGGGUUCAUGUUCCAGCAGUAGUCUGACAAGUAUUUUUGCACACAAACAACGCCAUGUCCUUUCCCCUGAAGAUCUGAUCCCAAACUGACCCCUGCAGACUUUCCUGUGCCCCCUCACACACUCGCUUUUUAACUCUCCAGACGUAGUUUCCUCCUUCAGCUGCUCCGACCUCCACCUGCAGGAGAUUGAAGAAGCAAUGUGAUGGAUGCACUCCGGAGAUUUGCUUCUUCCUGUUUUGUUUAUUUAAUGCAUCGGUGCAGCUGAAGGAAAGGAGGCAAGGAGAUGAGUGUUAUUUCAUCUCCAUUAUCGCCAAGUUUUCUCCCAUCAUUCCUAUCCAUCCAUUCUUAGGUGUUUCUCCUUGGCACUAAAUCUCCAUCAUAUGUGCCCUGACACUGUAUACGAUCCAGCAUCAUGUGUGUAUGGCUUUACUUGAACAAUGUAGUUCACUCUCUUUCUCUAUGGUGCUAAUGUGGUUUAGAUAUCACAGUACUAGCUUGUUAGAUAUCCGUUUAUUCGUCCCUCUUUUGCACUAAUCUCAAUUUCUGAGAACAUCUGCUAUAAGCUUUAAUGUGAUUUCACAUUAGUGCACAAACAGGGACGAAUCAUCAAGACAUGUAAACUCAAAUAAAGGCUAUGUAGGAAACCACAGCACACUUACUUCUUCACCCAGUGCCAAAGCUGAUUGGUUAUUGCUUUUAUUUCAUCAUGAAGCGAGGAUCUGAGGAUUUAAGGGGAUGAAAUCUUGUAAAACAUCACUGAUAAUCCUUUUAAGAACACAUGAAAGUGCAACACCAACUCAUGCACAUAAAAGUCAGAAGGUGAUUCACACACAUGCAUUUUAAAGGGGAGAUCUGCAGUGUAAAUAUGUGAGGCUUUUUUCAACGGGCAUCUACACGGUCAGCUUGGGUCCUCAAGGAACAACAUUCAUCAAAAAACCUGCAUAGAGUUAUUUCUUUUAGUACGAGGUUGUCUAAAGAACUAAGUAAUUGAAUAAGUGAAAAUAAAAAACUGAGAUUAAAAAGAAGUGCUGUACUUUGGAUGUCUAUAGCCCUUAGUCUAAUUUAAUUUGAACUUAUAAUAUAUUUUCUAUACAGGGGUAUGUGCACAAGCAUAGUCUGUAUAAAUAUAUAGAUGGCAUGUUGUAAAAGUUCUGACAGAAAUGUGUAAAUAAGGUGUUUUUAUUCAUUUUUAAUUGUUCAGUGACGCUGGAAUUGGGUAUGUGUUGUCUCUCAGAAUUACCAUGCGUUUGGCUUGGACCAUCGGACUUGCCGUAGUCAUAGGUUUCAGAAACUCAGCUUCAUUAUUGCAGAUGAACCAGAGGGAGGGGGGGGGGGGGCGGGGUCAGGGGCUAUCCAUUUGCUUGUUAUUUUGUACAUUUUGUGCAACAAUAAACUUGUCAUUUAUUACAUUCAAACAUGACGUUGUGUGUCUGUAGAGCUUCAGAUCUCUAUCUAUGAUGUUAGUACAUGCAGUAUAAUGUAAAUGUGUACGUGUGGUGUAAAGCUGGAACAGUUUUUGUAUUACAUUUAUCAUAAAUUCAACAGAUUUCAUACAUUACCCACAAUGAUUGGCAUAAUUUCAAUAAAUAUGACUGUAUUUAG